ACACAAUUAAACGAUUCCUAUAUAAAUAUGAAAUGGUGCAAAGCACAGACAUUUACUUCUUCUUGGGCUUUUAAAGGGAAAGGAGUAGUCUGCUUGUAUUUUCUUAAAACACAUUAUGUUUCAAUUCGCAAUUGGUUUGAUUUGCAUCAUAUUGCUGCCUACUUCAGAAUCAAAAUUGGUAUUAGUCCUGACACCGAAAAAUCCCAUGGCUCGAGUCGGCGAAAGACUGGUCCUGACUUGCAGCGCAAGCGAAUGCGCGGGUGAUGUGACGUUCACAUGGCAAUCCUUGAAACACAGACCGCUCUACGGUCGAAUGGAGAAAAACAACACAGCGUCUCAACAGAUUUUUGACCCGGUGGGAAUGCAGCACGAGGGCAAGGUCAGCUGUGUGGCUACCUGCGCGGAUCCAAAAGACAAGGCUCAAAGGUCUGCUUCAGUGGAAGUUUAUGCGUUCCCAAAGGAUCCCAUCAUAUCUGGAAGUGAACUUUUGACGGAGGGUCAGGACAGUGACCUCACCUGUAUAGUCCCAGAUGUGUACCCAGCUGACCGUCUAAAAGUGCAGUGGCUGCUGGGAGAUAAAGUUCUGAAGGACGACAAAGCCCUGAACCCUGUGAUUAAAGGUGAAGCCCAGACGGUGACCUCAGUGUUGAAAUACAAACCGACAGCCCAGGACCAUGGACAGAAUGUUACAUGUAGAGCCACGCUGGAUAUUAAGAAUGAACCAGAAACCAGAGAGACUGUUGCCUCAAUCACAGUUCAAUAUUCCCCCAGAGAUGUCCACAUCUCAGAGAAUAUUCAGGUGAAUAUUGGAGAAAGCUUUACCCUGACCUGUCAAGCCAAGGGGCACCCUGAACCCACAGUGCUGUGGAGAAAACUGGAAAAAGGUGGCCUCUCUGUCAUGGUAGGAGACGGUGAGACCCUACGGGUCAAAGAAACGUCAUGGUCCCACGACGGAGACUAUGAAUGUAUGAGCCACAACACUGUAGGGAAUCUCACAGCUCAAGUGACUGUUAAUGUUCAAGGCCUUCCAGGCAAACCUGUUCUCCAUCUGAGUCCAUCCGGCGAGCUAAAAGAGGGAGACAGUGUGACAAUUUCCUGCCAAUCAGAGUGCGGGUCGCGGGGUCGCGUGUCACUGCGGCAGGUGGCCGGCGGUCAGGGGGCGGAGCUUCAGUCCAGCCUGGGAAACGCCUCCAUCACAAUCCAGUCGUUGACGGUCAGAGACUCGGGAAGAUAUGAGUGUGAGGCCACAAAUCCAUUUGGGAGCGUGACAUCCGCCAUCAACGUCACAGUCAGAGCACCUUUCAUUGUAAACCUAACCCUGGAGAACACAGUCCAUCAUAUCGGUGACACCCUUAAAUUGAUCUGCGUCGCGAUUGGCUGCCCAGACACUGUGUCAUUCACAUGGAGCCCCUCGAUUGGCGGGUCAGCCGAGGACCAAUCACACGGCACUGGGCUCUUGACCCUUGAACCUGUGACGAUGGAGCACAAAGGCCCGGUGGUGUGUAACGCCACCUGCAGGGCUUCUGGAGAAUACAGGCAGGCGUCAAUCGACCUGGAGGUUUAUUCCUUCCCAAAGGAUCCCAUCAUAUCAGGGAGUGAACUUUUGACGGAGGGUCAGGACAGUGACCUCACCUGUACAGUCCCAGAUGUGUACCCAGCUGACCAUCUAAAAGUGCAGUGGCUGCUGGAAGAUAUAGUUCUGAAGGACGACAAAGCCGUGAACCCUGUGGUUAAAGGUGUAGUCCAGACAGUGACCUCAGUGUUGAAAUACAAUCCGACAGUCCAGGACCAUGGACAGAAUGUUACAUGCAGAGCCACGCUGGAUAUUAAGAAUGAACCAGAAACCAGAGAGACUGUUGCCUCACUCACAGUUCAAUGCCUGGAUGAAUCAAAAUUGGUAUUAGUCCUGACACCGAAAAAUCCCAUGGCUCGAGUCGGCGAAAGACUGGUCCUGACUUGCAGCGCAAGCGAAUGCGCGGGUGAUGUGACGUUCACAUGGCAAUCCUUGAAAGACAGACCGCUCUACGGUCGAAUGGAGAAAAACAACACAGCGUCUCAACAGAUUUUUGACCCGGUGGGAAUGCAGCACGAGGGCAAGGUCAGCUGUGUGGCUACCUGCGCGGAUCCAAAAGACAAGGCUCAAAGGUCUGCUUCAGUGGAAGUUUAUGCGUUCCCAAAGGAUCCCAUCAUAUCUGGAAGUGAACUUUUGACGGAGGGUCAGGACAGUGACCUCACCUGUACAGUCCCAGAUGUGUACCCAGCUGACCGUCUAAAAGUGCAGUGGCUGCUGGGAGAUAAAGUUCUGAAGGACAACAAAGCUGUGAACCCUGUGGUUAAAGGUGAAGCCCAGACGGUGACCUCAGUGUUGAAAUACAAACCGACAGCCCAGGACCAUGGACAGAAUGUUACAUGCAGAGCCACGCUGGAUAUUAAGACUGAACCGGAAACCAGAGAGACUGUUGCCUCAAUCACAGUUCAAUAUUCCCCCAGAGAUGUCCACAUCUCAGAGAAUAUUCAGGUGAAUAUUGGAGAAAGCUUUACCCUGACCUGUCAAGCCAAGGGGCACCCUGAACCCACAGUGCUGUGGAGAAAACUGGAAAAAGGUGGCCUCUCUGUCAUGGUAGGAGACGGUGAGACCCUACGGGUCAAAGAAACGUCAUGGUCCCACGACGGAGACUAUGAAUGUAUGAGCCACAACACUGUAGGGAAUCUCACAGCUCAAGUGACUGUUAAUGUUCAAGGCCUUCCAGGCAAACCUGUUCUCCAUCUGAGUCCAUCCGGCGAGCUAAAAGAGGGAGACAGUGUGACAAUUUCCUGCCAAUCAGAGUGCGGGUCGCGGGGUUGCGUGUCACUGCGGCAGGUGGCCGGCGGUCAGGGGGCGGAGCUUCAGUCCAGCCUGGGAAACGCCUCCAUCACAAUCCAGUCGUUGACGGUCAGAGACUCGGGAAGAUAUGAGUGUGAGGCCACAAAUCCAUUUGGGAGCGUGACAUCCGCCAUCAACGUCACAGUCAGAGCACCUUUCAUUGUAAACCUAACCCUGGAGAACACAGUCCAUCAUAUCGGUGACACCCUUAAAUUGAUCUGCGUCGCGAUUGGCUGCCCAGACACUGUGUCAUUCACAUGGAGCCCCUCGAUUGGCGGGUCAGCCGAGGACCAAUCACACGGCACUGGGCUCUUGACCCUUGAACCUGUGACGAUGGAGCACAAAGGCCCGGUGGUGUGUAACGCCACCUGCAGGGCUUCUGGAGAAUACAGGCAGGCGUCAAUCGACCUGGAGGUUUAUUCCUUCCCAAAGGAUCCCAUCAUAUCAGGGAGUGAACUUUUGACGGAGGGUCAGGACAGUGACCUCACCUGUACAGUCCCAGAUGUGUACCCAGCUGACCAUCUAAAAGUGCAGUGGCUGCUGGGAGAUAAAGUUCUGAAUGACGACAAAGCCGUGAACCCUGUGGUUAAAGGUGAAGCCCAGACGGUGACCUCAGUGUUGAAAUACAAACCAACAGCCCAGGACCAUGGACAGAAUGUUACAUGCAGAGCCACGCUGGAUAUUAAGACUGAACCAGAAACCAGAGAGACUGUUGCCUCAAUGAAUAUUCGAACUCCGCCCAGGUACCUGUCCGUGGAGGUGUUUCCGUCUACGAAGGUGGAGGAGGGGCAGAACGUGUCCCUCCGGAUCUGGGCAGUGGGAGUCCCGCUCCCUUCCGUCACCCUGAUUAGGCUACAGGACAGCGUGGAGCCACACUCCCCCAACGGGACCCUCAACCUAAUCGACAUGGGCCCAGUAGAGACGGGCCAGUACCUGCUAAAACUAAACAACUUGGGCCCGGAACAGACGGGCCAGUACUUUCUAAACCUAACCAACGUGGGCCCAGAUCAGAUGGGCCAGUACCUGCUAAACCUAAACAAUGUGGGCCCAGAUCAGAUGGGCCAGUACCUGCUAAACCUAAACAACUUGGGCCCGGAACAGACGGGCCAGUACCUGCUCAACCUCACCAAUGAAGUGGGACACCAGAGCCACCAUUUCAGCCUUAGUAUUCAAAGUAAGACUGCAGAGAAACAUUCACACAAACACAGCAUGUACAUGUGUAUAUUGUGUGUCUGA